CACGCCAGGCGAGCGCCGGUGCUGGCAGCGGUGGGCACGGGCCGGACGUCACCUCCACUGGCAGCCGCAGAAGCCCAACACAGCCUCAGACCGUUACACUGAGAAGGAGAACCUCUGCGAAUUUUUCUCAAUGACUCUAUAGCCAACUGAUGUAACAAUGGUACUAAUAUUGGGACGCAGACUGAAUAGAGAGGAUAGUGGGAUACGAGAUUCCCCUGCAACCAAGCGGAAAGUUUUUGAAAUGGACCCAAAAUCGUUGUCAGGCCCUGAGUUUUUCGACUUCUCCUCGGGAUCAUCCCACGCAGAAAGCAUUCUCCAGAUCUUCAAUGAAUUCCGAGACAGCCGGCUGUUCACAGAUGUCAUCAUCUGUGUGGAGGGCCGGGAGUUUCCCUGCCACCGUGCCGUCCUCUCGGCCUGCAGCAGCUACUUCAGAGCCAUGUUCUGCAACGACCACAGGGAGAGCAGAGAGAUGCUGGUGGAGAUCAAUGGCAUUUUUGCCGAAGCCAUGGAUUGCUUUUUACAGUACGUGUACACAGGCAAGGUGAAAAUCACGACGGAGAACGUGCAGUAUCUCUUUGAAACAUCGAGUCUCUUCCAGAUCAGCGUUCUGCGCGAUGCCUGCGCCAAGUUCCUGGAGGAGCAGCUGGAUCCUUGCAAUUGCCUGGGCAUCCAGCGCUUCGCAGAUACGCACUCGCUCAAGACACUGUUCACCAAGUGCAGGAAUUUCGCGCUGCAGACGUUUGAGGAUGUGUCCCAGCACGAAGAAUUCCUAGAACUGGGGAAGGACGAGCUUAUUGAUUACAUUUGCAGUGACGAGCUGGUGAUCAGUAAGGAGGAGAUGGUGUUCGAGGCCGUGAUGCGCUGGGUGUACCGCGCGGUCGAGCUGCGCCGGCCGGUGCUCCACGAACUCUUGACGCAUGUCAGGCUCCCGCUCUUGCACCCCAACUACUUUGUUCAGACUGUGGAGGUGGACCAGCUGAUUCAGAAUUCCCCAGAGUGCUAUCAGCUGCUGCACGAAGCCAGGCGAUACCAUAUCCUUGGAAACGAGAUGAUGUCUCCCAGAACUAGGCCACGCAGAUCAACUGGUUAUUCUGAGGUGAUAGUUGUUGUUGGAGGAUGUGAACGAGUUGGAGGGUUUAAUUUGCCAUACACGGAGUGCUAUGAUCCUGUGACAGGAGAGUGGAAGUCACUGGCAAAACUUCCAGAGUUUACCAAGUCUGAGUAUGCGGUGUGUGCUCUGCGGAAUGAUAUUCUUGUUUCAGGUGGAAGAAUCAAUAGCCGGGAUGUAUGGAUUUAUAACUCUCAACUUAACAUUUGGAUCAGAGUUGCCUCCUUAAAUAAAGGCAGAUGGAGACAUAAAAUGGCUGUUCUUCUGGGUAAAGUGUAUGUGGUCGGAGGAUACGAUGGGCAGAACCGCCUGAGCAGUGUAGAGUGCUACGACUCGUUCUCCAAUCGCUGGACCGAGGUGGCUCCCCUAAAGGAGGCUGUGAGCUCCCCAGCUGUCACCAGCUGUGUUGGCAAACUCUUUGUCAUUGGAGGUGGCCCUGAUGACAACACCUGUUCUGACAAGGUUCAGUCGUAUGAUCCUGAUACCAAUUCCUGGUUGCUCCGUGCAACCAUCCCCAUUGCCAAGAGAUGUAUCACGGCUGUGUCCCUGAACAACCUGAUCUACGUUGCUGGUGGGCUCACCAAAGCCAUUUACUGCUAUGACCCGAUCGAGGACUACUGGAUGCAUGUACAGAACACAUUCAGCAGACAGGAGAAUUGUGGCAUGUCUGUGUGUAAUGGAAAAAUCUAUAUCCUUGGUGGAAGACGGGAAAAUGGUGAAGCCACAGACACUAUUCUUUGUUAUGACCCUGCAACGGGCAUUAUCACAGGAGUAGCAGCCAUGCCCAGGCCAGUAUCGUAUCAUGGCUGUGUGACCAUUCAUAGAUAUAAUGAAAAAGGCUUUAAACUGUAAUUUUUUUUUUUCUUGAAAAAAGAAGAAGAAUGAAUCCGGUGGUCUGCUGCAAGACAGGCUUUUUAAAGAUUCCUGAAGUGGGAAUUCCCUGCCUAAGUGUCGUAUGAAAAUUAUAUCCUGUGCCUUUAGAAGAAGGGUUAAUUUAACUUACCAAACAAGUCUACAAACCUAUCCAGUAACCAGAGUUCAGUUAUAUCUGCUGUGGGCUCUGAUAUGAGAGCAGUACGUUGUACUGGUGGUCGGAAAGUUUGCCCUGUGUGUGAUUAGUAAUUAAAAUCUUGAAAAGCUUUUUGGGGAAAGUGCCUUCAGCAUUUGUGCCUGUGUCUUAAAAGCAAUAUCUGCAAGGUGUUUCCAGUUCUGCUAAAUGGGAAAAAUAAUAUCGGCAAGUAAAUCCCAAAGAAUCAUCUAGGAUAAUUAUCUGCAAUUUAAAAAGCUCAAUUCUAAUUCAUAUGCAUCGUUCUUACAAGUGGAUUACUUGGCAUAACCAAGUAGAUUUUUUGUCAGGUCACGCAUGGGUUGGAAUUUAAAAAAAAAAAACAAAAAACAAACAAAAACCCACCAAAAAACCAAACCAAAACACCAACAAAACAAGCUACAUUGGACAAAUACGAGAAUCUUUGAGGAAUGCUUUCUUCUGAAGGAGAAACUGGUGGUUUGGUGAACCACUACAACAGUCUGCAAUGAUGGUAAUGUACCUUAACCCUGUGGAACUUAUUCAGAGUGUUGAUAAAUAUCCAGCAAAGAAGUACAAGGCUACAUGACAUGGAAAACCAGUGGGUUCAGGCAUGCAUCUGUGAGGCAAAGUUUGAAUCCCAGUUUUUACCUUUUUGAAUAGUAUGGGUGAAGGCUGAAAAUUACUGGGUUCACUCUUUGCUCACUGCAAUGUCUAAACUAUUUAAGAAAUAAAGGAUGUUGAACUCUGGAUUCUCCCAGUUUUCUGAAUCACAUUAUAAAUUACCUGAUGACAGAGGUGGGGACUUGCCUUUGUGCCCUACAGCUAUAAAUUAGUAUUUUGGCCAUCUCAUCUGCAGAGAUGGCAGAGUAUCCACCAAGUAUUUCUUGGCCUUUCUUCAGACAAUCACUUACUGUAGCACAGUUAAACCACUGUAUAAACUGCUUGGCCACAGAUAAAGAAGUUCUGGAAAGGUCCCUCCUUUUACCAGAAAAAUAUCUGUGGACCUGUCCAUGUAGCCAUAUGACAUGUUUUGGAAAAUUUUGAAGCCUAGGAAGCACCUGUAUUUUGAUGCACCACCAUUAUUGGGUUGGGUUUUUUUCAGUAAAGGUAUUUCUUUAUGUCCUCCCUAGAUUUCUGUACUAGGACUCCUUAUUUCCAGUACACAGUUGUACAGUUGAGGCACAAAGUUCAUAAAAACUGAAAUAGCACUUGAGAGUUGGAAAAUGAAUAUCGUCUGUGUACCAAUUUCCUGUAAAUCACCAAAAACCUCAGGAACUGCCUUUCAAAGGAAUUCUGAGGACAGCAGCCAGUAGGGAAGUUGGUCAGUGCCAGGGCAGAAAAACCCCAUGAAACCCCUGCAGAGCCAGCCCUGGCCUCGGGGUUUUGGUCUCUGUGCUUGCUCAGGAGGGUGAAAACAAGCACCAUCUCUGGAACGUUGUUUGUUCCACUGCACUUUCCUCAUCUGUUUUCCCAGAGUAUUUCUUCAUGAGAUGGAAAUUCUGACCCUCAGUGAAGCUAUGCCAAACUGGGAGUCACCAUUUUCAGUAACAUGGUCAUGACUUUUAAAGAGCACUGGGAGCUGCACUUUGGGAUGCAUUAACUUGUAACCUCAGGAAAGGACACAAAUUUAAUUUCUGGCUGAAUACCAAACACUGUUUUGGAUAUGGUAAGAAUACUGAUAAAAUACAAAUCAUUGCAUAUCAGUGAUGUAAUCAGGAGGUCAAUCCCUGAGCAUGUACAUUCACAUUGCCCUAAAAAGAAAAUCCUUUGGUGUAAUGUAAGACAAAUGAAUCAGAUAAAUUAAUCCUUUUCUAAGUUUCAUCUGCUUCUGCUCACCAAGUUUUACUUUGGAAUGGCAAUUUCAGUACCUGUAAAUAAGGUCUGUUGAUUGCAAUGGUAAUUGCCCUGUAACUGAUUUUUAUGUACUAACAGUGUAUAUAGCUUGUGCCAUCAUUGUAAAUGAAAAUGUCAAAGACUAUAGGAGCACUUAAUUAGAGAUGCAAUUUGAAAAAUAUCCUCCUUUCCUUUGAUUUCCUCUUGUUUGUAUUCAGACUUGUAAUGUUGUCAUGCUAUACUGUUUUUAAACAGUCCUUAUUCUGUAGGUGUAGAACAGUGUCAUUUAAUCUCUGUUUAUAAUACUGCACUACUCUGUAAAUAACAAGAUACUGCUUUCCAUGGUUUUGAAGAUUCAUUUUAUAGUUUAGUUGUCUUUUCUUAACAAUUUAUGUACUGUUACUGUUACAUAUUUUUGAAAAUGAUAGUGUUUAAUGAACCAGUAAAUGCAGAAGUGUAGAUGCAGAGAACUUCUGCUUACAGUUCUUGAGAACUUUUAUCAAAGCUGAACAGUUACAGGUGUGGAGCACUGCUAAAUGUCAGUUACUUAUGCAAUGAUUUCCUUAAAAUGGGCAGUGAGUUUUUCUUCUUGCUUGUUAACUCUGUAAAUAAUUUGCACUUGUGGCCUGCUCUGUAACGACAAUUAUUUUUAGAUGUACUAGAAAAGAAAAAUUUGACCUUGAUUUAAUGAAAAUGUACCAUUUUUCUAGAAGGAUGCAUUAAUUUGGAAGUUGCAUUCCUGAGCCACUUGUUCUCCAAUGCAUUUCACUUAGAUAUAGAUGAAUUCCAAGAUUUAAACUCUCACUCUUAUGCAUAUCUAGAUGCUUGCAGUUUAUGGGCUUGAGCAGCAAGUUGGUUUUAGUUUUUUCCUUUGUCUCAGCUAGGAGAGAAAAUUAUUAAUGUCAUCUACUAUAAUAAAAAUAUUUCUAUCAUAAAUGGUAGUAGGUUUGGUAGCUCUAGAGCACCGGCACAAAGAUGUAACUUCAGUCCAACCAUACAUACGAGGGCUCAAGCAUCUCCAAGUCACACCUGAAAAAUAAAUUCUAAGGGUUGUCUUUACUCCACUAAACAAAAAUGCGUAAAUAUUUUUCUUCUCUGUUUUGAUGUGCACUUCUGUUCUUAGCAGUGUGAUGUUAAUUGAAAAGACAGUUGAUGCUUUCUUGCAGCCAGGCGUCUGGAAGGUUCUGAAUCACUUACUGAUCACUGCACCACAUGCAGCCUCUAGCCCUUGGCUUCUGGCUGAAGCAUUCCCCUUCUACAGCCAUCAGCCAGUGGUACAUUGCCUGGUAGUCAUGUAGCUGUACCUGUAGGCUCCCUCCUUGGUAAUGGUUAAGUAGGCAUAAUUUGUAAAAUCUCUUCCAUGUGUACCGUCAGAUAAAUCAUUUUAUACUGUGUGUCUGGUAUGCAUUUGGGAGAUUGGGCACUGUCCUUUCCCCUCCAGCACCAAGGGGUCCAGACGGUUAUUUUUUCUUUUAACUGGCACCACUGCAGUUCUCAUCAAAGAUUGCUUUGUUUGUACUCUCUUGAAGCAGAGAUACUAAAGCAGAUUAUGUUGAUACAGACCCUUAUCAUAAUUUACUGAAGCUUUUAAAAUAGUAUUUUUAACAUUGCAAAGUUUUGAGAGAGGCUGAUGAUGGAGGAAGAGGAAAUGCUCACCUCAACAGAGAUUCAGAGGAAGCUUUGGUCACCUGUGCUUGAGAGGAAGGAUGCUACUGCCUGUUCAGUUUCUUCCUCAAAAUAGUUGAGUUCACCUCAUUAUCUUAGGUAAACACUUUAUUUAUCCUGUUUUUCUUUGACUUGCUGCAAGGACAGAACAAGAAGCAGGCCCACUCACUGCCUGUGACGUGAUGUUUCCCCUUGCCCGAGGCACAGUGGGGUGCUGGUCAGCAGAGCCCGAGCUUAGUCCGCCUCCAAAGAGCAGAGACAGGAGAAACGCAUUGGAGUGGGCUCAGAGAUGGCAGGAGGAGACCCUGUGUGUUUGGGGGUUGUAGUUUGGCUGGGCUUGCUGAAACCAAGGUGUUCUGGAUGCUCGUAAGUUUGCAAUUCCAGAUGCUGAAACUCAGGUGGUAAAAAUGUUUCAUAUUUGUAAAUUCACUGAACUCAGCUGGAGCAAUAAAGAUACAGAUAUGCUUAUGGCCUGCUAGCAGCAAUACUCAGGAAAGCCAGGGGUUCAUUUUUCUGAAUCGCCCAACUAGACAAGUAGAUGUGAGGUUCUUUUUUACCACUGAAGAUGGCAAAAACCAAUUCAAGAGCAUUAAGAAACUCACAAGGCUUGAUGACUGUGAGGCACAAUGAAUAUUUUCAUCUGAAUGUAGUCUCAUGUACACAAGAAAUUACAAAUGAAAUUAUUUGUUGUGCCUGGUUAAAAAAAAUCUGAGCACCGUAUACUCAGAAAAGGAGCCUACAGGGUAAGAUGAACUUUCUAAGCAGAAACCUGCUCUCUGGAUGAGGGCCAAGCAGUGUUUUGGGUUUUGUAAAAUUUGUUUAACACACAAGUUUCCUCAGUAUGGAAUUAUUUCAGAUGGCAUUAAUUAAAAUGGAUCGUGAUUGUGUCAGUGCUGUGAGCAUUGCCACAAACCAGCAGCCUCCCACCAAGCCCCAACCAGCUGUGACUCCAUGUUCUCUGCAUGCUGCCUCUGUGUCAGCCCUCUUUAAGCAGCAUUACACUUAAGUUCAUGAUAACAUCACUGUCUAAGAACUGUAAGCUAUUUACAGGAAUAUUUCUUUUUUUCUACUGUAGAGAUCCAGUCUAUGCUUAUAUGUUUAUGUGCACAUCUGUAUGUGAAUAAUUUUGUGAUCACUUUCUCAUAGUGCUGUUACAAGUGAUGCACAUAAAGGCCCUGUGUACAGCUUUUUAGUAAUUAGGGCUUAGUUUGUAUUAUUAGCUCCAAAGAAAAUAAUGUGUGUUAAUUUUGAAAAUACCCGUGCCUUGAAUUCACCUGUAUUUUUAUCUAUUGUGAAAAAGAGCUUGGAUUACUCCUCCCAGUUUGUUACCUUCAUUAUGACUUGUCUUACUGUCCAGACUGUUAAAUGUCCUCGUAGGAGAAAUAAAUAUUGCCAUUCAUUAAUUAGAACAGUUAAACUUCUUGUUUAGAAUAUGCAUAGAAUGCUUCCAUUAUUGCAGUGCUAUGGCAGAUUUAAUCUAGGGAAAUCAGUAUUUGUUUUUUUCUAUUUUUUGUUUCCAGCACACCUCAGUGACAAAGGACUGAGUUUAGUCUUUGACUUCCUGUCCUUAACAUGUACAGUUUCUUGUAUUAGUCAGUAGCCUCUGUGAUAUUUCUGAACUCUCUGAAGUCAUCAACCUCUUGUUCAAGAUACAAAAUAAGAAGCAAUAAUGUGGUGCAGCAUGGCAAUAAGCAAAUCAAGAGACUUGAAUGUAAUGUACUGUUUCAUCUGUGUAAAUGCUGGACCUAUGAGUCGUUCUCCUUUUGGUGCACCUGUAGCACUUUGGAGUCGGAUUAAUAGGAACUACUUGCCCAUGGAAAGAGAGUUUACCUCCUGAACUAUUACUCAUACAAUAUUUUCACAUGAAACCAUAUUUGGAUUUUCCUGUUUUUGCUGAGGAAAACAGCAGUUCUUGUUAUUCCUUGCCAGUUCCUUUAUCUACUGAAACAUAAAAGCUGUAGUUCCACAGAGAGCUGAUCUUGCCCUCAAGAACAGCCUGGUGCAGCACAAAUGACAUUUGAACAGGAAAGCUCAGACCACUUACUGUGUGCCAGAGUCAAUGUAACGGAGCUCGCAUAUAACAUUAAGGUCUUCAGAUUGUGCUGACAGUAGAAAAGUGAUUUUGUAAUGUAGCACAAUUGCAGUAACACCUGUUAUAUUUAAAUAUACUUCUUGCAUAAUUCUUUGAAAGUUUUUUAAAGUUCAGUGUAUCUAAUAAACAUUUGCCUUUUGAAUA